UCCUACACGGAGACGAGUAAGGAAGCCAAAACAUAUUAGGAAGAAUAACGGAUAUCUUCAAACCACCACUGGCCUGCCACUAUUCACAAUCUCUUCGUUCAUUCACCACCUUUUACGACACCUCCAUUCUCUCUAACUCUACUACUAACUUACACUUUUUUCGUCUACCACCUCCGAAAAUGAACCAUCCCCACUUGAAAAGAAAAGGCAUUUAGUACCGCUAGGCCAAAAACCUUUUAGCAUUAGCGAGUCUGCAUGUUUGGUCGUGAAUUGCAAUGCAUUGUUUGUAUAGCGCAUUUUCAUCUUCUUCUGAACAUGAUAACGACAAUAACAAUAGGACUAAUAAUCACCGUCGCCACGGUACCAGCUCUAUGAACAACCACCAUAAUGGCGUCCCAUCCCGCCCUGUCUCCUCGACACACACUUUGCCUCUUCCUGAUCAACCAAAAGCACCAUUCAAACGCCUUGAACAUGCCACUAAUCCGAACUCUAAGUACAUUCUCCCCUCGCUGGACGAUGCUCAUAAGAAAAUUUCUGAAAAAGGCUGGACCAAUCACCGCUAUACAAAAAGACCUCCAGGCAUAGCUAUCCAAGAUCGUUCAAAGAACACGGGUCAUAAACUGUCGUCGUUAAGGUAUCAAGGAUUCAAGCAUGGUGAAACUGUCCAUCCUACAACGACUCCAGUUUCAAGGCAAGUAGGUGUUGUGUAUCAUUAUCAGACUAUUCCUCAGAGAAGUAUGCAUAAUUCUGAUGGUUCAUCCGUUCAUAGCCCAUACUUUAAAUUCCCCUUGCAUGAAAAACUACCAAUUAGUCGACCUGACCGCAGCCAAGCCACAGUGGCUAUAGUCCACCCAUUGCCCCUCCCUCCAGGAGCUGCAGGACGUUCGCCCUUUCCCUCACCAAACACGGCCAUUAACAAGCGAAAACAAACUCGAUGGAAAAAGGGAAAGCUUAUCGGCCGUGGGACAUUUGGAAGCGUUUAUGUUGGCUCUGACAGAGAGACUGGGGCUUUAUGUGCAAUGAAAGAAGUUGAGAUGCUACUAGAUGACCCUAAAUCCAUGGAGUGUAUCAACCAAUUAAAGCAAGAAAUUGAUGUUUUAAGCCAACUUAAACAUCCAAAUAUUGUACAAUAUUAUGGUAGCGAAAUAGUUGAGGACCGGUUUUACGUGUAUCUGGAGUAUGUUCUUCCUGGUUCAAUAAAUAAGUAUGCCCGUGAUCACUGUGGAGGAAUGACAGAGUCUAUAGUACGAAGUUUUACGCGUCAUAUUGUAUCUGGGCUGGUUUACUUGCAUAGCAAAAUGACUAUACACAGGGAUAUCAAAGGGGCUAAUUUGCUAGUGGAUGCUAAUGGGGUUGUGAAGCUUGCUGACUUUGGAAUGGCUAAACAUCUAGAUGGAGAAGUUAAACUUUCUAUGAAAGGAAGUCCUUAUUGGAUAGCUCCUGAGCUCUUACAUGGUGAGCCACAAAAAGAUGGUGGUCCUGAUCUUGCUUUGGCUGUUGAUAUAUGGAGUUUGGGAUGUACAAUUAUCGAGAUGAUGAACGGGAAACCUCCUUUGAGUGAGUAUGAGGCGGCUGCAGCAAUGUUUAAGGUCAUGAAGGAUAUUCCACCAAUACCAGAAACAAUGUCAUUUGAUGGAAAAGAUUUUUUGCGUAGUUGCUUCAUUAGGAACCCUGCGGAAAGGCCAACCGCUAGCAUGUUACUUGAACAUAAGUUCUUGAUGGGUAAUUUUGAUCUUGUAGAGUAUCAUAAAUACUCUACAGAUGAUCUUGUAUGGUGCAAAACCUAA